AUGGCGGAUAACACGAACCCAUUUUUGGAAGAUUUGGUGGAAAAUGUCGAAAAUGAAUUCGUUGUGGAGGACGAAACACCGAUUUCCCCGGCCAGGCAUUUGACCCCGGAGACGGAGGACAUAACCAUUGAUACUGUCGCUUCAAAACUUUUAGCGGAACACUUUAUUUUGACCGCUCUUGAGUUGCAUACAGAACUCACUGAAACCGGCAGAGAACUGCCUCGUCUCCGAGAUUUCUUUUCCAACCCCGCAAAUUUUGAACGGACCAGAGCAGAUGGUUGUGUUGGAUCGCCUGGUUUACCAAGGACAUCAAGUUGCCAAACAUUCGACUCGCUAGAUUUCGCUCGCUACUCUGACGAUGGUGAACGGCAAACUGAUGAGAGGGUUGCAGUGUUGGAGUUUGAAUUGAGAAAAGCACAGGACACCAUCAAGUCAUUACGGACAACAUUAACAAGAGCUGCAGAGACCGAACUAUCUAGUCCAGAGCGAAAUGAAGGACUGCCAGAGAAUCUCAGCCCUGAUGGUGAGCCGCUUCGCCUUCAUGAAAAGAGGGCGCUUAACUUCUUAGUCAAUGAAUACUUGCUGUUGAAUGAUUAUAAGCUGUCGUGUGUCACCUUUGCAGAGGAAAAUGAAAAUCAGGACUUCGAAGACUGGGAUGAUGUUGGUUUGAAUAUUCCAAAACCUCCCGAUCUGCUGCAUCUGUACCGUGACUACAAUCAACACGUCACACCAAGUGAAGAUGUGCGGGAUGGUGAAUGUCAGGUCGAGAUUGUGGACAGUGAACUCGAACAAAAGAAAUCAGAAUUGGAAGCUCUUACCCAAGAAUUGGAAACAAAAUUAGCUGCUGCAGAAGAAAACCUCUCAGACCUCUCAGCUGAGAACGAAACUCUUAAACAAAAGAUCAAAUCACUGGAAAGUCAGCCUUCUGCAUCUGGUGUCCUCACAUCCUCAACACCUUUUGCCAGUCCAGUCAAACAUAAAACAGAUGAUGAACGCGGACAAGAUAAUUCUGCUGCUGCAGACAUAUCUGGAUCCAGAAAAGAGCACGAUCUGGACCAGGAUGCAGUGGAUGUGACUGCGAAUUUGACGCCGAUUGAGGCAGAUUCAAUGCAAGUUGAGGUCGGUUCCUCUGCUGAGACUUCAAGGAUGGAAGCUCCGGUGCCUCGAUCUGAUGAAGGCAAGGAAGCUAUAAAAGCGGGAAAUUACUCGUGGGUCCCCGUGAGAAGAAAUAUGUCCAAUUCCUUCCAAUCAGCUCUUCUAAACAUAACGUUUCAAAUUGACCAAACGAACCGAAUAGUUUCUGAGGUAUCGUCAAUAACGGAUUCAAGCAGCGAGAAAGUUGUUAACAUGCUUGGAAGGUGCUUGCCUCAUAUCGUGCCAAAUGUGCUGCUUGCCAAACGAGAGGAGUUGAUUCCGCUGAUAUUAGCAACGGCCUGUCUGCAUCCUGAACCAAAGGAAAGAGACAAUCUUCUCAAUAUUCUCUUCAACUUAAUCAAAAGACCGGAUUUCGAACAACGUCAAAUCAUCCUGACUGGCUGUGUGGCGUUUGCCCAGCAUGUCGGCCCACGAAGAGUGGAGGAAGAACUGUUACCACAAUGCUGGGAACAGAUCGGUCACAAAUACUCUGAGAGGCGACUGCUGGUGUCUGAAUCGUGUGGUGCCCUAGCCCCCUAUCUGCCGAAAGAAAUCCGUAGCUCGUUGGUACUCUCCAUGCUACAACAGAUGCUGUGUGAUGACAAGACAGAGGAGGUCCGGGAGUCUGUCGUGCGCAGUCUUGGCCUCCUUAUCUCAUUCAUGGAUGAUGAGGACAAAUACUCCAAGGGAUUUGAGCUGUUGAAGAAAGGCCUUGAAGAUAGUUCAGAGAAGGUCGUGAUCGCCACACAACAGGUCCUGCUGCCAGCGUUUGCGUGCUGGGCACGAGAUAUCGGGAGACUGGAGAGUGACUUGUUUGCUUAUUUCAUUGACAUGUUUGAGGAAUCCCUUGCAGGAGCCAAAUCUGCCCAGGUUGUAACUGGGAGCAAGUCCAUCCCUAUCGACGAUGGCAAGUUUGUCAUGUAUGUCAGGAAUGCCCAGGAACUACUGCCCAUGCUUUUCUCUGCGGUACUGGAGAAUGAUGUCUUGCUCGGCAGGUUGGUCUCUGAUGUCGUUGCUCCAGAAAUUGAAGUGUCAAGAUUCCCGAAACCUUCUUGCCCACUGUUAGAUUUGUCAGUCAUCGUCGGAGAUCCGGAGAAGUUGACAAAACUAGUCUUCAUUUAUGAAUCUAUCAUCGCUGAGGAAUGGUUUGAGAUGUGGUCGCCUCUGAAGUGGGUGGUUGAUGAUCUGGUACCUCGCUUCUUAAACCUCACCUCCAAGCUCGAUGUGUCGCACGCAAAGGUCGUCCACAGUCUCAGCCGCUUCUUCAUCAUAUUUUGUCGGACGUUUGGUCGCCAGUUCACUGAUACCAAGGUCAAACCUAAGUUCCUUGAAGUCCUUACAGUAUCAGAAGAACAGCUCGAUGAGCGAGUGGCUAGUGGGAAGACGCCCCUCACGUCAUGUGCCGUACCAGUGUUCUCAUCCGGGGUACUCAUGGCCUUCAACAAGGAAGAAGACAGGAAACAACUUACCACUUUCCUACAAGAUCUGAUGUGUACGCUGUCUCUGUGCCAUGCGUCACUAGACAGCCUGAAAGCAGCCUUCAAAGAGAUAUGUAACAACCCCAGCUAUCAUGAGUUACUGCUGACUGUGUUGUGGGAUGGUGUUGUCCAUACGUCUGCUCAGGUCAGGUCAACGACUGCUCAUUUGUUUGAAAUGUUGGUGAAAGGUCUGAGUGAGCAUCUUGUUGCUACGAGAGUCGUCCCAGCUCUUGUCACACUGUCUAGUGAUCCUGAAAUGUCCGUGAGGGUCGCGACUGUGCCAACCUAUGGGACUAUAAUGGAGUGUGUCACUCAAAGAGAGGUAUUGGAUAAAGUGUAUAUGCAGAUUCAGACAUUCAUGGAUGAUCCGCUUUACAAGGAUCAGCAUGAUCUCUUAGUGGAAUUAAUACGAACGUUUGCACGAGUUGGACCGAAUGCGGAACCAAAGUUCAGGGACGAAUUUAUAAUCCCACGAUUAGCCGUCCUAGCCGCUAUUAACAACCACGUGACGAACGAAACACGUCGGUCAGAUAUAAUGCUGCAGUUGUUUGACGCGUACAGUGCUCUUUGCUGCUGUUUCAUCAGUGACCAGCUCAUCCAAGAAGCCAUGCUGCCGGGCCUGUCCUGCCUUCAGAAGGACAUGGCACAGAUAGCCCAGGACCAUGAGGAUGUCGUGUCUUCUAUGAUCAAGGAGUUCAGAAUGAAACUGGAGACGAGCAGGGCACAGGAAAGGAGUUCGAGUACAACGAGCCAGAGUGGUGGCCAGGCGGCCCCUCCGCCUCCCCAGCCGAGCGAGGACGUCAAGUCCAAGAUGCUGAAUAGAUUCAAGGAGAUGCGAGAUAGCUCCGGCUCGUCAAAACUCUCAAACAUAUUCAAGAAGAAGUAGUCAGCUGCUCUGUCCAUAGGUUACAUUGCUUGCUGUACACUUUCCUGCAUUCUAGAGUAUUAAAAACACCCUCGGUCAUACUGUUCAGAGACGUAGUUAGUCUGGGUUCAGUUGACCUUACAUUGCGCUGGGAAUGCAGCUGAAACAUGGCAACAAUCACUGUUACUUAUGGACUGUAUGCAGUUUGUGAAAUAACCGCGUUAGGCUUAUUUUCAUGCCGAUCCGCUGUCGUUGUGCGUAUGUCCAUCCUUCACCGCCGAUAAAUCGGCAGGGUUAUUUCAGCCAUAUCAUGCUUUAACGGAAACUUUUGGUUCUACAACCUCAAGACUGGGUUUACAUUGGAUUAACAAUGUCACAUGUCAGGUUUCAUGUGUAACGCAUCACUUAUCGCGAGAUGGUUUGUACAUUGACUGGGACUUGAAAGCACGACAUGAGAGAGAAGCUUGAAUCAUAUAUAGCCCGCUCCUUUAGAAUGACUUGUUUAUUCUUAGAGUCAAGCACAAUUGACUACAUGAACUCUUUGUCCACCUAAGGUACGGGCUGUGUAAAGUGUAAAUCUCACUACUAUAACAUGAAAAGAGUGGUCACUUUGAUACUAAAUGUAGUCCUUCAUAUUGAACGUCGUAUAAUAAUUGUUCACUUGGGAAUAAUCACGCUGCACUUCGCAAUCAUUAACCAACUUUGGCAGAGUAUCAUUUGGCCGACAUGUAUGUGGUCACAUACUUCAUGUAUGUGGUCACGUACUUCAUAUAUUUGGUCACAUACUUCAUGUAUGUGGUCACGUACUUCAUGUAUUUGGUCACGUACUUCAUGUAUGUGGUCACGUAGGCCGCGCUUUCCUUUGGUCAGGUCCAAAGGUCAAUACAGAAUUGUUUCACAAAGAUAAUUUUCAGUUUUGUGAUUAAAUUCCAAUUAUCUAUAUUUUAGUGUAAAUUGAUACAUAUCCUUGAAUGUCUCUUGUAUUCAAUAGAAGAUUUUAUAUGCUUGUAGGUCAAAAUAAACUCAUACAUUCCUAAAUUUAA